CUGGAAUUUGACAGCAACCGUCUGUAACCGAGCAGCGAGCAUUUUCCGAAAGUCAUCAUCAUCAGAAGAAAAGUGUCGAAUCUGAUUUUGUAAAAAUAUUGCAGUUUUUCGUGGAUAUAGGUCGCCUCAAUUUAGUGCGUUUCGAUUAGGGUGCACGGAUAUUGUUCUAUAAAAUGGCAGGAACGCUGGAGGAUAAGUCGAUCUGGGAAGAUGGCGAAGAAACAUUGGGCGAGGAAGUACUUCGUAUGCCCACCGAUGAAAUAGUUAGCCGGACACGUCUGAUGGAUAACGAAAUCAAAAUCAUGAAGAGCGAGGUCAUGCGAAUCACUCACGAACUGCAGACCCAGAACGAGAAAAUUAAGGACAAUACGGAAAAAAUAAAGGUCAACAAAACGUUACCAUAUCUGGUAUCCAAUGUAAUUGAGCUGCUGGAUGUAGAUCCGCAAGAGGAGGAAGAUGAUGGCGCCGUGGUGGUUUUGGAUUCGCAGCGGAAAGGAAAAUGUGCCGUUAUUAAAACUUCCACCAGGCAAACGUACUUCCUUCCGGUUAUCGGGUUAGUUGACCCGGAGAAAUUGAAACCGGGUGAUCUGGUGGGUGUCAAUAAAGAUUCCUAUCUAAUUUUGGAAACACUCCCGGCGGAAUACGACGCCAGAGUGAAGGCAAUGGAAGUCGAUGAAAGACCGACGGAGCAGUAUUCGGACAUAGGUGGACUGGAUAAGCAGAUCCAAGAACUGAUCGAAGCUGUCGUACUGCCGAUGACGCAUAAGGAGAAAUUUAAAAAUCUGGGAAUUCAACCACCGAAAGGUGUGCUAUUGUAUGGACCUCCAGGAACCGGAAAAACGUUGCUAGCUCGAGCCUGCGCAGCUCAAACCAAGUCUACGUUUUUGAAGUUGGCUGGUCCGCAGCUUGUUCAGAUGUUCAUUGGCGAUGGUGCCAAGCUGGUUCGGGAUGCUUUCGCACUGGCCAAGGAAAAGGCACCGGCAAUCAUUUUCAUUGACGAGCUGGACGCUAUCGGUACGAAACGUUUCGAUUCGGAAAAGGCCGGUGAUCGCGAGGUACAGCGCACCAUGUUGGAACUGUUGAAUCAACUGGACGGGUUCAGUUCUACUGCCGAUAUUAAAGUGAUUGCCGCGACCAACCGCGUGGAUAUUCUGGAUCCGGCACUGUUGCGAUCUGGCCGGCUUGACAGAAAAAUCGAAUUCCCUCACCCGAACGAGGAAGCCCGUGCCCGCAUUAUGCAGAUUCAUUCGCGCAAGAUGAACGUUAGCCCGGACGUUAACUUUGAGGAAUUGGCCCGUUCGACGGACGAUUUCAAUGGGGCCCAGUGUAAGGCGGUUUGUGUCGAGGCCGGUAUGAUUGCACUGCGGCGUUCGGCGGUGGCCGUGACUCACGAGGACUUCAUGGACGCCAUCAUGGAGGUGCAAGCGAAGAAGAAAGCCAAUCUGAACUAUUAUGCCUAGAUGGUGAUGUUUUUUUUUCUCCCACACGUAAUUUGUAAAACAACCAAUAUUUAGUAAUAAAAUUGAACGCCUGAAAAACAA